CCUGGAGUGAGCGCUCGGCGUGGGAGGUAGACGGCUCGCCGUCUUCCGUGUCCGUGCUGGCCCCGCUCGCUCUGGCUGUGUUCAGGAUGCUGUGUCGGUUCCUCUGUGGAUGUCUUUUACUGAUGGCUGGUCAUGCUCAUGAUGAUGACUGGAUCGACCCCACAGACAUGCUUAAUUACGAUGCUGCUUCAGGAACAAUGAGAAAAUCUCAGGUGAAAUGUGGUAUAUCCGAGAAAAGGGAAGUGAGCCCUGACUCGUCAAACGAAGAGGAAUUAUCAGACUGUUUGCACAGACUUGAUUCUUUAACUCACAAGGUUGAUGACUGUAAAAAGAAAAUGAAAGAUUAUGAAAGUCAAAGUAAUCCUGUUUUUAAGAGAUACCUAAAUAAGAUUUUAAUUGAAGCCAGCAAGCUUGGACUUCCUGAUGAAAACAAAGUUGAUGUGCGGUAUGAUGCUGAGAUUCUGCUCACAAGACAGACACUGUUGGACAUUCAGAAGUUCCUCAAUGGAGGGGAGUGGCAGCCAGGAGCCUUGGAUGAUGCCUUAAGUGAUAUUUUAAUCAAUUUUAAGUGCCAUGAUGCAGAAGCAUGGAAGUGGCAAUUUGAAGACUUUUUUGGCGUGGAUCCAUAUAAUGUAUUUAUGGUGCUCUUGUGUUUGCUCUGCAUUGUGGCAUUGGUGGCUACGGAACUAUGGACACAUGUUCACUGGUACACGCAGUUGAGACGAGUUUUUAUCAUCAGUUUUCUUUUCGGUUUGGGAUGGAAUUGGAUAUAUCUAUAUAAGAUAGCUUUUGCUCAGCAUCAGGCUAACGUUGCCAAGAUGGCACCAUUCAAUGAUGUGUGUGCUGCGAAGAUGGAUUGGAUUGGAAGUCUCCGGGAAUGGUUUAGAAGUUCAUGGACCUACAAGGAUGACCCAUGCCAAAAGUACUAUGAGCUCUUAUUAGUCAACCCUAUUUGGUUUGUUCCACCAACAAAGGUUCUGGCAAUUACAUUCACUAACUUUGUAACAGAACCAUUAAAGCACAUUGGAAAAGGAACAGGUGAAUUCAUUCAAGCACUCAUGAAGGAGAUUCCAGUGUUACUGCAGAUUCCAGUGCUGGUGAUUAUGGCAUUGGCUGUCCUGAGCUUCUUCUAUGGUGCUGGAAGGUCAGUUACCAUGCUGAGACACGUGACUGGUCCUGAAAGAGAACCUCCCUGGGCACUUGAGCCAGGUGACAGAAGACAGCAGACGGAACCCAACUAUAGACUCCACGGUGGAGCAGGUGAUGCAGAUUUCUCUUACAGGGGCCAAGCUGGCUCCAUCGAGCAAGGCCCUUAUGACAAAACGCAUGCGUGUGAAAGAGAUGUUUUGAGACAGAGACACGUUGAUGUGAGAUUUGACACUGGCAACAAGAGCCCUGAAGUGCUCCAGGCAUUUGAUUUACCUGACACAGAGGCACAAGAGCAUCCCGAAAUGGUACCCAGCCAUAAAUCAUCCAUCGUGAAUACAAACCUCAAAGAAAUUGGUGAACUCUCAGGAGAAAGCAUCCCUACAGAACACAGCCAGUCUACCACCAAGGCUGUCUCUGACCAAGCUGCAGGGACUGCAGAAGGCUCACCCAUAAAGGAGGACCCACUGAAGCCAGACUCUGAGUGCAGCCCCCAGGGAGGCAUAACUCACAGCCCAGCAAGUGCAGCAUGUGGGGCUGAUCCUGUCAGCGGCCCGUGUGGAAGUCAUCUUUGAAGUCUGUAAAAUACCCAUUUGGGAAUGGAAUCUACUUUGACAGCUAGCAAAGCAACAUGCUGUUCUUGAAUGAUUACAGCAAUUCAGGGAAGACUUGAUUAAAAACAAAGUGAACAUAUCAAGGCCAGUUUAUUGCAGAAGAGAGAAGGCUGUUUCAGAUGACUAGAAAGAACUUGUCAUUGAGGUGAACUCAUAUUGUAACUGGCUUUUAAGAAAAUGAGAACAGGGUAGGUAGCUGUUUAAAGCACUUUUUAAAAUGGGUCUAAUGCUUACAGGGUCUUAAGAACACUGUAAACACAAAAUAAACAUUGUCUUGUAAAAGCAAACAUUACAUGAUGGCAUGGUCUAAUGGGGGCUGAGGGCCUAACCAAUGCCCUUUGUGAAUUUUCAUGUGUAAAUUUUCAUGUGUUUUCUGCUUAUAUACUUUGUGUUUUUGACCAAACAUACCAAAUGAUUUUCUGUUUUUUCUGUUUUUUCCCAUCAGUAUUAUGUAAUAAGAGACAAAUAGCCCAAAGCACGUGAAAAGUAAUUUAUUUCUUAUCUCUCCCACUGGCUUUGCCUAAAAAUAUAUUGAAUAUAGUUUUUUCUUAAAGAAACUAGAAUUUUA